AUGCCCGCUCGCUACCUGAUCGACAACGCCAACGCUCUUGCGCUGCAGCUCUUACCAAACCAGGUCCCCCUGGUCCGCCUGCAGAAAGAGGACGACCGCGAAGUUAUCCUCCACCAGACUGUGCUCUGCGGGACGGGCAACUUCACUGGAUGCAUCAACACGAACAACCAUCAAUCCACUUUGGGCACUACCGAUGUAGACUAUCGACUGGCUAAACGCCUGAAUGAACUGGCGGGAGACCACAGCAGGCUUGCGACCUACAACAGCCCCUCUACGGUCUCCAUUGCCGGUGGUCAGCUCCUGAAUGAUCCGGACGCAACAGGAUGGAGGGGUGCCUACCCGUGCACACUGAAGCGAUACACCAAUGCCUACACUUCUGGCAAUGCGCGGCUGGUACAGGGACCGCAGGUUCAUGGAUCUGUGGACGGUCUGACCGAUGAGGUGCUGGCGUACAGGGGCGACAAGAGGAUUGCUGGGCAGGGGAGCACUGAGCUGCAGCGUCGGGGAGUCGAUUUGAGGGCCGCACUCGUCCUUCAGAACGAUGGGGUAUGGCGUCAGAGCUUCGUGAGGGGCUUUUCAACGGCUUCGAAUGAGGACUGCGAGACCGCCGAUCGCUUGGCUGCGGAAUGGCUGGAGUCGAUCAAAGCCGAGGAAGACACGCAUGACUUCACUCACAGUACCGUGGGAGCUGUCCACCAAGCCCUUUACGGUCGUCUGGGCAAGAUGACCGAGUCGAUGGAGUCUUAUAUCCAAUCUGCCGAGACCGAUGAGAGCAGGGGAAAGAGCUGGCGUAGCUGGAUCAAGGUGUGA